AUGGCUUAUUCAUUAUAUUUUUCAGCUCUUCUACAAGUGACAAUUUCACUUAGCAAAGUAGAAAUUAGUGUUGGUGAGUCCAAAUUCUUCACAUGUACAGCAAUUGGAGAACUGGAAGAUAUAGAUUGGUACAAUCCUCAAGGAGAGAAGAUAGUUUCUUCACAGAGAGUAGUGGUACAAAAAGAAGGUGCUAGAUCUCGACUAACAAUUUAUAAUGCAAAUAUAGAGGAUGCUGGAAUAUAUCGGUGUCAAGGAACAGAUGCUAAGGGACAGACUCAAGAAGCUACAGUUGUUUUGGAGAUUUACCAAAAACUCACUUUCAGAGAAGUGGUAUCUCCUCAAGAAUUUAAACAAGGAGAGGAUGCAGAAGUGGUUUGCCAAGUUAGCAGCUCACCUGCACCCAUUGUUAGCUGGUUAUAUCAUAAUGAAGAAGUCGCCACCCAUUCCAACAAUCGAUUUGCUAUGUUAGCAAAUAAUAAUCUCCAGAUCCUUAAUAUCAACAAAAGUGAUGAAGGAAUAUAUAGAUGUGAAGGAAGAGUGGAAGCUAGAGGAGAAAUUGACUUUCGAGAUAUCAUAGUUAUUGUUAAUGUUCCGCCAGCAAUUACAAUGCCACUUAUAUUCUUCAAUGCUACUGCAGAUCGGCAAGAAGAAAUGAUAUUAUCUUGUAGGGCUACUGGCUCCCCUGAGCCAAAUAUCAGCUGGUAUAGGAAUGGCAAGCUUAUUGAAGACAAUGAAAAAUAUACAUUGAAAAGAAACAAUACUGAACUAACUGUCAGGAACAUCAUAAAUAGUGAUGGGGGUUCUUAUGUCUGUAGAGCCACAAAUAUAGCAGGAAAAGAUGAAAAGCAGUCAUUCCUACAAGUCUUUGUACAGCCUCACAUAAUACAACUUAAAAAUGAAACAACGUUUGAGAAUGGUCAGAUAACACUUAUUUGUGAGGCAGAAGGAGAACCCAUUCCUGAAAUCACAUGGAAAAGAGCUCUGGAUGGAACAACUUUUUCUGAAGGAGAUAAGAGCCCAGAUGGCCAUAUUGAAGUCAAAGGACAACAUGGAAGAUCAUCACUGCACAUUAAAGAUGUGAAGUUGUCAGAUUCAGGGAGAUAUGACUGUGAAGCUGCAAGCAGAAUUGGCGGGCACCAAAAAAGCAUGUACCUCGAUAUUGAAUAUGCUCCCAAGUUUGUAUCAAACCAAACAAUUUAUUAUUCUUGGGAAGGCAAUCCCAUCAAUAUAAGUUGUGAUGUGAAAGCUAAUCCACCAGCAUCAAUCCUUUGGAGUAGAGAAAAAUUAUUUUUGCCAUCCAAAAAUAUCACCAAUUUAAAGACUUACAGUGCAGGAAGAAAGAUGAUUUUAGAGAUUGCACCUACAUCUGACAGUGACUUUGGACGGUAUAAUUGUACUGCCACAAACCGAAUUGGAACAAGAUUUCAGGAAUAUAUUCUUGCUUUGGCUGAUGUGCCAUCCAGUCCCUCUGAAGUAAGAAUUAUAGAGUUGUCACAAACUAUUGCCAAAGUUUCUUUUAACAAACCAGACUCUCAUGGUGGUGUACCUAUUCAUCACUAUCAAUUGGAUGUAAAAGAAGUGGCUUCAGAAACAUGGAAAGUAUUUCGCUCCCAUGGAACUUCAACCACAGUUGUUUUAAGCAACUUGGAACCAAAUACAACCUAUGAAAUCAAGGUUGCAGCUGUAAAUGGAAAAGGUCAAGGGGACUACAGUAAAAUCGAAAUCUUUCAAACAUUACCAGUCCGUGAACCAAGUCCUCCAUCAAUCCAUGGACAGCCUAGCAAUGGAAAGAGUUUUAAACUUAGCAUAAUGAAACAAGAUGACGGAGGGGCACCCAUUUUGGAAUAUAUUGUGAAAUAUAGAAGUAAAGAUAAGGAAGACCAGUGGCUUGAGAAAAAAGUUCAGGGUAAUAAAGAUCACAUAGUUUUGGAACAUUUACAGUGGACCAUGGGUUAUGAAGUACAAAUUACAGCUGCAAAUAGACUUGGAUAUUCUGAACCAACAGUAUAUGAGUUCAGCAUGCCACCAAAACCCAAUAUAAUUAAAGACACACUUUUUAAUGGCUUUGGACUUGGAGCAAUCAUUGGCAUAGGAGUUGCUGCACUUCUACUAAUUCUUGUGGUAACUGAUGUUAGCUGCUUCUUUAUCCGACAAUGUGGAUUGCUAAUGUGUAUUACUAGAAGAAUUUGCGGAAAGAAAAGUGGUGCUAGCAGCAAAAGUAAAGAUUUAGAAGAUGGAAAAGCUGCAUAUUUGAAAGAUGGAUCAAAAGAGCCAAUAGUGGAAAUGAGAACAGAGGAUGAAAGAAUUACCAGUCAUGAAGAUGGAAGCCCAAUAAAUGAGCCAAAUGAAACCACUCCACUCACAGAACCUGAAAAAUUGCCAUUAAAAGAAGAAAACGAAAAAGAAGUUUUAAAUCCAGAAAUUAUUGAAGCAAAAAUUUCCAUUGAUACAACUCAGUCAAAAGAAGAUAUCAAAGCGUAA